ACUGGCCCCUUGUGUUAUUGUUUUUGUGGCCUUUUUUGUUUUAUUGCGCUUAACUACUGGUUUUAUACAAUAGCCCCCACAAUAUCUGGCAGGAUAUAAAUAGAGCGGCUUUCGCAGGCGGGUGGACAAACAUGAUAAGCCGCCCAGCGCGUGCCACCAAGUGUUUUAUAAGAGCGCGAUUUCGAUUUCGAUUUUGAUUUUGAUUUGCCAUUGCCAUUGUUGUUUGUUACGCCUCUUCCCACAAAAACCCACAACCAAAAAGAGCACACAAAACCUUGCCAAAUCUUUGUUGUUAUGUAAAUGCACGGAAGCAGAACGUUGGACACAAAGGCACAUCAUCAUCAUCAUUAUCCGCAUCCGCAUCCGGAUAAUCCGCCAUAAUCCGGGUGUCGCCCAUUGGGACACAAAGCGAAAGGUCGGAGCACCCGCAAACAUCACGCGAUUGUGAAAGUUUCACCUGCCCAGAAUCACCCCACGGCUCGGAAAUGGCCGCCAAGGCCGACGAAUCCUCGCCAGCAGUUGCGCCCGGCGGCAGUAGUGAUCCCACACCCGUGCCCUCCAGUGGACGCCAUCAGCUGCGCCCCGUAAAGUUCGACUAUGCGGACUCCUUUGCCUGCACCUACAUCGUGUCCGUGGUGGCCGCCUCCAUCGCGGAACUGGCCACCUAUCCCCUGGACCUGACCAAGACACGUUUGCAGAUCCAGGGUGAGGGAGCCGCAAUCCCCGCGGGAAAAUCCAAUAUGCAAUACCGCGGCAUGGUGGCCACCGCCUUCGGAAUUGCGCGCGAGGAGGGCGCCCUGAAGCUGUGGCAGGGCGUGACGCCGGCGCUCUACCGACACGUCGUCUAUAGCGGAGUGAGGAUCUGCAGCUAUGACCUGAUGCGCAAGGAGUUCACUCAGAAUGGCAGCCAGGCGCUGCCCGUUUGGAAGUCGGCGCUGUGUGGCGUCACUGCCGGCGCCGUUGCCCAGUGGCUGGCCUCGCCCGCUGACCUGGUCAAGGUGCAAAUCCAGAUGGAGGGCCGGCGACGGCUGAUGGGCGAGCCGCCGAGGGUGCACUCCGCCGGCCACGCCUUCCGACAGAUCGUCCAACGGGGCGGAGUGAAGGGCCUGUGGAAGGGCAGCAUCCCAAAUGUGCAGCGAGCGGCGCUGGUCAACCUGGGCGACUUAACCACAUACGACACCAUCAAGCACCUGAUCAUGGACCGCCUGCAGAUGCCCGACUGCCACACGGUCCAUGUGCUGGCCUCCGUUUGUGCUGGAUUCGUGGCGGCGAUCAUGGGCACGCCAGCGGAUGUGGUGAAGACGCGCAUCAUGAACCAGCCCACCGACGAGAAUGGGCGAGGCCUCCUGUACCGCGGAUCUGUGGACUGUCUCCGCCAAACGGUGGCCAAGGAGGGCUUUGUGGCGCUGUACAAGGGCUUCCUGCCCUGCUGGAUACGGAUGGCACCGUGGUCGCUCACCUUCUGGCUGUCCUUCGAACAGAUCCGCAAGAUGAUCGGCGCUUCUGGCUACUGAUCGUUGACUCCAGUCCAUGUCUGGGGUGUAGAUGUGCAUACGGGCAGAUGUAUGUAUAGUGCAGUUCGUUCAUAUAAACCCGCCUGAGAGUUGGUCCUGACCCUCUUUCCCGUGCCUGAAUACCUUAAAGCGGCUUUUGCCCAAGCUUAUAUCUUAUGCUAUGUCCAGUUUUAGUCUGUCAUAUGCCAGAGGGUUUUCCCCACUCACAUCUUUGGGUUCCUUUCUCGUAUCUUUGUUAUUGUUGUUGCCUUAAGAAAAUCAAAAACCUUACAAUAAAGCAAGAAACUUGUUAUUUCAAAAA